AGUCCGCGGCUUUCUCGGGCUCGCGCUGCCCGGGGGAUGCUGGGACUGGGUGGCUGGGCGGCUCUGGCCCGGCGGCGGCGGCGGCGGCGGCGGCGGCGGCGGCGGCGGCGGGACCCCUGGUGCGGAGUGCCAUAUGAGACGGUUUAAGCGGAAGCAUCUUACAGCCGUCGACUGCCAACAUCUGGCUCGGAGUCACUUGGCCUUGACCCAGCCCUUCGGUCAAAGAUGGACAAACAGAGACCCGAACCACGGUCUCUAUCCUAGACCCAGAACCAAAAGAGGGACUAGAGGUCGAGGAUGCCCGGGAUACAACCCUGAAUUCUUCCUCGCUGGCCAGCAGCGGUGCACCAAUGACAUGGCCAAAAGCAGUUCUGUGGGCCAGGACAGCUCUAAGGACUCGGAGGACGAGAUGAUUUUUGCUGCAGAAGGCCACUGCGCCCUGCCUCAGGGAGGUGACGGAGCAGCAUGGCCACGCUCGUCAGGGAAGCGGUCUCGGUCCUUCGAGGACGAGAGGAAUCAAGCCACAGGGACCAGUCAGUGGGAUGGGGUUUCUAGGAAGACCCCACGGCAUCAUCUGUCCCUGUCGUGCACACGGCCCAGGGAAGGCAGACAAGAAGCAGAGGACGGUGCGUCGUGGUUCUCUGCGCAGCCUGGAGAAUCCAGCCAGGAGGUGGAGGACAUUGGUCCUGAUCCUGUUCCUGACUCUUACUAUGGGCUUCUUGGGACCUCGCCCUGCCAGGAACCCCAGAGCCACAUCUGCAGCCUGCCCAGCGAGGUCCUGAGGCACAUCUUUGCUUUCCUCCCCAUGGAAGACCUCUACUGGAAUCUGAGCUUGGUGUGCCACUUUUGGAGGGAGAUAAUCAGUGAUCCACUGUUCAUUCCUUGGAAAAAGCUGUAUCACCAAUACCUGAUGAAUGAAGAGCAAGCAGUCAGCAAAGUGGACGGCAUCCUCUCGAGCUAUGGCAUAGAGAAGGAGUCAGACCUGUGUGUGCUGAACCUCAUCCGCUACACAGCCACCAGUAAGUGCUCCCCGAGUGUGGACCCUGGACGGGCGUUGUGGAGUCUGAGGGAUCACCUCCUCCUCCCUGAGGCAGAGGCCUGCGUGCGCCAACACCUCCCCGAUCUCUACGCUGCCCCUGCCGGUGUCAACGUGUGGGCUUUGGUGGCGGCCAUCGUCCUCCUGUCCAGCAGCGUCAAUGACAUCCAGCAGCUGCUCUUCUGCCUCCGGCGGCCCAGCUCCACAGUGACCAUGCCAGACAUCACCGAGACCCUGUACUGCAUUGCCGUGCUGCUCUACGCCAUGCGGGAGAAAGGGAUCAACAUCAGCAACCGGAUUCACUACAACAUUUUCUAUUGCCUGUAUCUUCAGGAGAAUUCCUGUGCUCAGGCCACAGAAGUCAAAGAGGAACCAUCGGUCUGGCCAGGCAAGAAAACAACCAUCCAGCUGACACAUGAACAACAGCUGAUCCUAAGCCAUAAGAUGGAACCUCUCCAGGUGGUAAAAAUUAUGGCAUUUGCAGGCACUGGGAAGACCUCCACCCUGGUCAAGUACGCUGAGAAGUGGUCCGAGAGCAGGUUUCUGUACGUGACCUUCAACAAGAGCAUCGCCAAGCAGGCCGAGCUCGUCUUCCCCAGCAAUGUCAUCUGCAAGACCUUCCACUCCAUGGCCUACGGACACAUUGGGCGCAAGUACCAAUUGAAGAAGAAGUUGAAUCUCUUCAAGUUAACCCCCUUCAUGGUCAACUCUGUCCUCGCUGAAGGGAGGGGUGGCUUCAUAAGGGCCAAGCUAGUAUGUAAGACUCUGGAAAACUUCUUUGCCUCGGCUGAUGACGAGCUGACAAUCGACCACGUGCCCAUCUGGUGUAAGAACAGCCAGGGACAGAGAGUCAUGGUCGAGCAGAGCGAGAAGCUGAACGGUGUCCUCGAAGCGAGCCGACUCUGGGACAACAUGCGGAAGCUGGGCGAGUGCAAGGAGGAGGCUUACCAUAUGACGCACGACGGCUACUUGAAACUCUGGCAGCUCAGCAAGCCUCUGCUGGCCUCUUUUGACGCCAUCUUUGUGGACGAGGCCCAGGACUGUACCCCAGCGAUCAUGAACAUAGUUCUGUCUCAGCCAUGUGGGAAAAUCUUCGUGGGGGACCCACACCAACAGAUCUAUACCUUCCGAGGUGCAGUCAACGCUCUGUUCACAGUCCCUCACACGCACGUCUUCUAUCUCACACAGAGUUUUAGGUUUGGUGUGGAAAUUGCCUAUGUGGGAGCUACGAUCUUGGAUGUCUGCAAGCGAGUAAGAAAAAAGACUUUGGUUGGAGGCAACCAUCAGAGUGGCAUUCGAGGUGACACGAAGGGGCAGGUGGCCCUGCUGUCCCGGACCAACGCCAACGUGUUUGAUGAGGCCGUCCGGGUGACGGAAGGAGAAGUGCCUGCCCGGAUCCACCUGAUAGGGGGGAUUAAAUCAUUUGGAUUGGACAGAAUCAUUGAUAUUUGGACACUUCUUCAGCCGGAGGAAGAACGGAAGAGACGAAACCUCGUCAUUAAAGACAGGUUCAUCAGAAGGUGGGUGCACAAAGAGGGCUUCAGCGGCUUCAAGCGGUAUGUGACUGCGGCCGAGGACAAGGAGCUGGAAGCCAAGAUUGCGGUCGUGGAGAAGUACAACAUCCGGAUUCCAGAGCUGGUGGAAAGGAUAGAGAGAUGCCACAUAGAGGACUUGGACUUCGCAGAGUACAUCUUGGGCACUGUGCACAAGGCCAAAGGCCUGGAGUUUGACACUGUGCAUGUCCUGGAUGAUUUCGUGAAAGUGCCUUGUGCUAGGCACAACCUUGCUCAGCUGCCCCACUUCAGAGUCGAGUCGUUUUCUGAGGAUGAGUGGAAUUUGCUGUAUGUAGCAGUAACUCGCGCCAGGAAGCGUCUCAUCAUGACCAGGUCACUGGAGAACAUCUUGACUUUGGCUGGGGAGUACUUCUUGCAAGCAGAGCUGACGAGUAAUGUUUUGAAGACAGGUGUGGUCCGCUGCUGCGUGGGGCAGUGCAGCAACGCCAUCCCCAUGGACACCGUGCUCACCAUGCAGAAGCUGCCCAUCACCUAUAGCAACAGGAAGGAAAACAAGGGUGGGUACCUGUGCCACUCAUGCGCGGAGCAGCGCAUCGGGCCGCUGGCCUUCCUGACUGCCUCCCCUGAGCAGGUGCGCGCCAUGGACCGCACCGUGGAGAACAUCGUGCUGCCCCGGCACGAGGCCCUGCUCUUCCUCGUCUUCUAAGGUGCAGAGAGCUCUCUCCACCGGCCAGGAUGCUGGGUAGACUCCUGCCCCCGCGGACGGCGGCAUGGGGGCUCCCUUCCCGAGACCGGACUCACUCACAGAGCAUUUUCCGAGGAAGAUGAAGCCGACUGGAGCUGGACUUGCCGUGUCUCCACCCCUGGAGGUAGCCAGACCCCACUGCCCCUCCUCCACGCCAGCAGGCUGGGGAUGCAGGGGAUGGUCUUUUGAUUAAAAAAAAAAAAAAAAAAAAAGAAAAAGGAAAAUUAUGUAUUUAAACUUUUAUUACAAGGUUUCGAUUAAACAGGCAUUGUAGCACUGGUG